CUUCUGUCUCUGUCUCACAGCGGCUGCCUGACUCAGGAGAAGAUCGUCGCCGGCUGUGCGAAACAUUUCGUUGUCAUCGCCGACUACAGGAAAGACUCCGAGGCUUUGGGCCAACAGUGGAAAAAGGGAGUUCCUGUUGAAGUGAUCCCCAUGGCGUACGUCCCCGUCUCCAGGACGAUAGCCAGAUGCUUCGGAGGGGAGGCCAAGCUGCGGAUGGCCGUCAGCAAAGCAGGUCCCGUGGUCACCGACAACUCUAACUUCAUCCUGGACUGGAAGUUCGAACGCGCCCAGAACUGGAAGGAGGUCAACACUGCGAUCAAGAUGAUUCCAGGCGUGGUGGAGACGGGCCUGUUCGUCGGCAUGGCUGAGCGAGCCUACUUUGGGAUGGAGGAUGGAAGCGUGCAGGUUCGCGAUGCUCCCGUCAACUGAGGAGUUCGCAGCCUUCACUGUCGUCCCUCGUCUCCACCGUUUUUUUUUUUAUGCGACAAGUUUGAGGGGCGGGGCUGCACCUUCACAUCAUCACAUCUCACAACCCGACAAAUUCAUCAUCACCUGAUUUUUUUUCUCAUCGUGCACGUGGUGCUUCUGAUUCUGUGAGUUUUAAAAGUGCCUGAUGUGUAAAAUGAAAAAUACCGAACGUUUCUUUUUCCAGUCUCUGCUCAGCUCAGCCCUCUGGUUCCUGGCUCGGCCUGUAAUUAGCCUGCAGCGCUGUGGUUCUCAACCAGUGUGCUGAGUCACUGCUGCAGAAUAAAGUGUGCCUUGAGAUUACAACAGCAGUGACGCCAUUAAAGUUUCAUCUGAUCAGCUCAUAGAAAACCUCGUUCAUCAAACCAGCAGUCCAGUGAAAGCUCCAGAAGAAAGUCUGAUAGACCCUGAAGUGGUUUAUAACAGACAAGUUAUUAUUUGUCUCUUAAUUCAUAAAAAGAGAUGUCCUCGGUGGGAGAAAAGAAAUCCCUCGUUUCAUUGUUCACACUUGUUAUUUCUCAUUCCUUGUGUGAUUAUAGUUGGUGUGCAACAGUUACAGCCGCACUGCACCAGUGAUUCGGUUUCCUGCUCUGAGUAAAGACAGAGUUUGAGAAAAUCUGUGGUUUCCUGUCAGUUUCAUCACCAGUGGGCUGAUGAGGACUGAAGUCCACAGUGUCUGAAACAAAGACCUGAAUGUGUUUAUGUUCCUGCAUGUACGUCCCUCCACUGUGCUCCUUCUUCUCAGCCUGUGAUCCACAUGCAUGACUUCUCUUCUUCCUCACACAGUCAGUGACGAUCUGCAGUCGGGCUGUGAAUGUUUCAUGUUUAAUAAUGAACUGUGUAGAUAAAAUAUCAACCGACAUGUGUAGGAGCUGCAUUGUUCAGUUUUUAUAAAAGACGUUUGAUACAUGAAUGAUUCAAGAAGGACACAAACAUGAAGGUUUCAUUUGUUUCCAGCUCCACAAAGAAGCACUGUACUUAUUUCAAGUUUUAUUAUAAAUCUUAAAACCGAAUAGAGCAAGUUUAAAGAGGGAGAUAAAAUAAAACUCACUGUGCAGCCAGUUCACCUGAUACUUUACCGUCCACAGCCACAGUUGACCUCUUCUCUUUGCUUUUGGCUCACGGUGCCUUUCUCUGGUUUUAUGUUUUUGUAUGAACGGCUGUGAGACACUCAGGAGAACAUGGCGUCUGUGGAACUUAUCAAAGUCAGAAUGUACAGUUGUCCUGCACGUUAGUUCAGAGUUAUUAGGUACGAAGCUUCUGAUCCUGUUCUUCUCGUGAUUCUGUCGUUAAGUGGCUGAAUUUUAGGACUUUGACUGAAAUUGACCUGAAGUGAGAAUGUGUUGAGUUCAGAGUCGGCACCACGAUGGAUAUUUCUGCACCAGCAUUUCUCUUCUUAUUUUCUUUACCAAAUGACUGUGAUAAUGAUUUUUGCUGUGAAGGUACAAUUAUUUUUUGCCAAACAAUACAAGACCAAAACGAC